AAAAUGGCAACGUCUUUCUUUCGCGCGAUUUCGCACAUGGUAAUUUGUAAAUACGGAUGUAUACUUGUACAAAAAAGACUAAUAUUUUCUAAAUAAACUCCACAGUUAUUAAAAUAAUUUUAUCUAAUUAAUCAAAAAGAAAAUGAUUCAACAUUAUGGUGAUGAGUUCAUUUUUGAAAGUUUGUCAUCCUUUAAAAUCUUUUAGUCGAUUACUACGUAGACCCAGACUUUUGGCGAAGGUAAAGAUUCCAGCCAUGAAAUACGUACUUGUAACAGGUGGAGUCAUCAGUGGUAUAGGGAAGGGAGUAAUUGCUAGUAGCAUUGGCAAAAUCUUGAAAAGCAAUGGUUACUUAGUAACUGCAAUCAAAAUUGAUCCAUAUAUUAAUAUUGAUGCAGGUACAUUUUCUCCUUAUGAACAUGGUGAAGUUUUUGUUCUUGAUGAUGGUGGAGAAGUCGACCUUGAUUUGGGAAAUUAUGAACGUUUCAUGGAUAUAAAAUUGCAUCGAGACAAUAAUAUUACAACAGGGAAAAUCUAUCAAGAUGUCAUAAAUAGGGAGAGAAGAGGCGACUUCUUAGGUAAAACAGUUCAGGUAGUUCCUCAUAUAACAGAUGCCAUACAAGAGUGGGUUGAACGAGUAGCAUUGAAACCAGUUUCAAAUGGCAACCAACCAGAAAUCUGUAUAAUAGAACUUGGAGGUACUAUUGGAGAUAUUGAAGGAAUGCCUUUUGUAGAAGCUUUUAGACAAUUUCAAUUUCGGGUAAAGAAGGAAAAUUUUUGCUGUGUGCAUGUGAGCUUGGUCCCUCAGCCGAAAGCAACUGGUGAACAUAAAACAAAACCUACUCAAGCCAGUGUUAGAGAAUUAAGAGGAUUAGGUUUAUCACCUGAUUUGAUUGUUUGUCGUAGUGAAAAUCCUGUUGAUGAAAAUGUGAAGCAAAAAAUUUCCAAUUUUUGUCAUGUACCACCAGAGCAAGUAAUAUGUCUUCAUGAUGUGAAAUCUGUAUAUCAUGUCCCUAUUUUCAUGGAAGAACAAGGAUUAGUUAAGUUUUUCCAUGAACGAUUAAAUCUUCCAGUGAGACAGCCGGACUGUUCCAUUGAAGCACGGAGACGCUCGCGAGAAUGGCGCAAACUUGCCAGAAAAAUUGAUCGUUUGGUUACAGAAGUGAAAAUUGCUUUGGUAGGCAAAUAUACUGUAUUGGAGGACUCUUAUGCAUCUGUUACAAAAGCACUACAGCAUGCUACAAUGAUGUGCAAUCUAAAAUUAAACUUACAGUUUAUUGCAGCAGCUGAUUUGGAGCCAGAGACAGAGCGAACAAAUGCUAUUCGUUACCAUGAAGCUUGGCAAAACCUUUGUAGAGCAGAUGGAGUCAUUGUUCCUGGAGGCUUUGGAACUACAGGCAUUGAAGGCAAAAUUGCUGCUAUUCAUUGGGCAAGAAUAAAUAAGAAACCUUUUUUAGGCAUUUGUCUUGGAUUCCAGUUGGCAGUUGUGGAAUUCGCUCGACAUGAAUUGGGCUGGGAAGAUGCACAUACAAUAGAAAUACCACAGAGUAAUACCAGGGAAAAUAGAAAGAAUGUUGUGAUAGAAAUGCUGGAACAUCAUACAGGAAUAAUGGGUGGAACCAUGAGGCUUGGAAAGAAAAUUACUAUGUUCCGAACUGAAAAGAAAGAAGAAUCCACGUUGUGGCGUCUGUACGGGAAGCAGGACUUAAUUGAAGAGAGGCACCGGCAUCGUUAUGAAGUAGACAAGAUAUACGUGGAGGAUUUAGAAAAGGGAGGGCUUAAUUUUGUUGCUCAUGAUGAAAAAGAAGAGAGAUUAGAAAUUUUAGAACUUCCAGAUCAUCCCUACUUUGUAGCUGUACAGUUUCAUCCCGAAUAUAUCUCUCGUCCCUUGAAGCCAUCUCCUCCUUAUCUUGGACUCAUCCUGGCUGCCAGUAACAGACUGCAGUCUUACCUUGCUAGGGGUUGUCAGGGAGUUGUUGAUGCAGAAACAUCUGAUGAAGAGCAGAUUGCCGAGGCAUGAAACUCUUUAUCUGGUCAAAAUGCAAAGCCAUCUCCUGAUAUCCCAGUUUCAAGAAUCAAGAGAAAGCUUAUUACUUAAUAUAAUUAUCUAUAAUACCAGCAGGAAAUUGUGGACUUUAUUAUCUUCAGAAUAUAUAUACAUCCAACAUCUUUAACUUAAAAUGUGAAACCAGAUAGUUUGGUUUCAUUGGCAUCAUUACAGAAAUUGAAUUAGUCUAUUAUCUUGAAAUCAAAAUCAGAUUAUCUUUAAUCACAAGGUUGUCCAGUUGAGAACUCUUUCUUUUGCUUGACUACCAUCAUGAUGGUAGCCAUUGGUUUGGUGAAUUAUCACUUGAAAAGCAUCCCUUUGUCAACAUGGACAUUUUAAUCUAUGCAAAAAAUGUUCUUGUUGUUUCUAGUUUGUCUUAUUAAACUUAUCAAAAAUUGAA